ACGAGCCCGGCCGCCCCACCAUGUUUGGUGUCUCCACAGCAACAAGAGGGGCCAGGCGGAACCGGAGCCAUGGAGGGGCGGCUGGAGGAGCUGGAGCUCAGCGCCGACGAGGCGGAGCGGCUCCAACGGGCCUUCCGCGACGAGCAGUUUCGGGCGCUGUUUGCCGAGUACGCGGCGGAGCUGGCCGAUCCCGAGCAGCGGCGGCUGUACGAGGAGGAGGUGGCGGCUCUGGAGCGGGAGCGCGGCGUGGAGGUGCGGUUCGUCCACCCCGAGGCAGGGUACGUGCUGCGCACCAGCCAGGCCGGCUCCCGCCGCUGCUACGUCAACGUCUGCAGCAACCCACACAUCGGGGCACCGCAGGCCCGCGCCGAGCCCGGCGGCCAGCGCUGGGCCGUGCCAUACAGCCUGGCGCCUGGCCGGGAGGAGUUAGGCGGCGGCGGCUGCCGUCGCCUGGUCUACGACGUCGUCUUCCACCCGGCGGCUCUGCGCCUGGCCGCCUGCAGCGCCCGCUUCCGCCGCCUGCUCAGCGACACAGCGCUGGAGGCCGUGGAGCGUCACUGCGCCGUGCAGCUCGACCGUUCCAACGCCGCCGUCCUCCGCGGCACCAAGUACAAGGGCGUUCCACAGGCGCCCGUCAUCCGCACCCCGCUGCCCGGCGCCACCGCGCCGCCGCCGCCCGACAGCUCCGACUUACCGCUGCCGUCCUCUUUCCUGCCAGUCCCCUCCCCGCCGCCCGCCGCCGCUGCUACCCCGCCCUCCCGGCCCGCUGGCCCCACCACGCCGCGCUGGAGCAUCCGCUACCGCUCCUACGUGGACCUGCAAGACUAUCGGUGCUGCCGUGACUCGGCGCCUAGCCCGGUGCCGCGGGAGCUGGUGGUGACGGUGGAGCUGCCGCUGCUGCGCUCCGCCGCCCAGGCCGCGCUGGAGAUCCACGGGCGGGAGCUGCGCCUAGACUCUCAGCGCCCCGCCUACCGCCUGCGCCUCCGCCUCCCCUACGACGUGGAUGAGAGCCGCGGGCACGCUGCCUUCAACAAGGCCCAGCGGCAGCUGCUUGUUACGUUGCCCGUGCUGUCGCGGCCCGACCCGCAGGAACCUCCGGGCCCGGCCGGGUUGCGGCUGGAGGAGGCCGAGCCCGGUGCAGAGGGGCAGGGCGAGCCGCUGAUGGCUGAGCCGGCCGGCGGCGCGACGCCUCCCCUAGGCCCUGGCCCCGGCGGCGGGCUCCAAAGCACGUGCGGCGGCGCGGAUCCUUGCGAGCCACCCGCGAGCCGCGACUCGCCUCCGACCCGCUCUAGCGCCUCUUCCCCCACUCCCAGCGCCAGCCCUGAGCCGGCCGCGCCCGGUGGCCUCGCUGAGGCCGCCCUUCCGUGCCCUCCACCGGCGGCGGAGGACAGCCCCGAUGAGAUGGCCCUACCCCCGGGCUCCGGCAGCCCCGAGGCCGCCGUGUGCCCGCCCUUCCAGUGCCGGCAGGAUGAGGCCUGCCUCACGCUGCUUCUGCAAGUGGCCACCAUCCAGCCCCAGAGCCUCAGUGGGGACGUGGGCACGAACCACUACAGCCUACGCUUCUCCAGUGCCACUGGUGCCUAUGCCCUCUUCUUACAGUUUCCUGCUGCAAACAGGCUGACAUCCCCUGAGACCAGCAUUAGUGUGUCUGCCCACAACGCUGUCAUUGGGCUUGCCAAGGCCCCUGGCAGCACUGGGCCCUGGGAGAAGUUCUGCUUUGGCCUUGAUGCCUCCACUCUGCAGGAAAGACUGUUUGUCAGUGAAGAAAACAUUGAUGGAUUUCUAGACACUGUUUUAUGCCCUUCCUUUUGCUCCCAAUCAGCACUGGAAAGUCAGCCAUUAAUUGAAGUGCUUGAUGUUACUGAGGACAGAAUUCAAAUCAGGCUGAAGACGGAGGAAGCAGUUCAUUCUGAAUGGGAUGGAAAAGAAGAAAUGCUUAACAGCUCAGGAGGAGAGCUCGCCAAACAGACAAACAGCAGCUCCUCUCAAACAAAGGCAGAAACAGACUGUACUGCGGUGGACACAGUCAAAGGAGAACAUGCUACAGAAACCAACCAGACUUCCAUAUCUUUUGCAAUAGCUGAAACAAUAGGAAAAGUAGGUUGUAGUUCACACCAUUGUUUGCAGCAUGAACCUUCUGACACUAGUUCAGCAGUUCCCAGCGAAUCUAGGAGGAAAGAAACAGAUUUAGAAAGUGCUGUUGCAGUAGGUGAAAAGGCCGUGGCUGCAGGGUCUGAGAAGGGAGGGGGUCUUGUGCUGGAGGGGCAGGCAGGAGUGAGAGGGGGUGAAGCAGAGGAGGUACCAGGAAGCCGGCACAGGCCAGACAGCGAGACAGCUGCCCUGCUCCUGUGCGAGGGGAACACGCAGGACGGGGCCGUGCAGGUCCUCAGGGAUCAUGUAACCCGCUGCCCCGUUGUGUUUCAGAAUUCUCUGCUCUAUGAUUUGGACUAGUUCAAUUAUUUCAGGAUUUCCUUCUGUUGUUUGACGUUCACUGUGACUUCCACAUGCUGGUUUAUGGCUUCAGAGUUAAGGGUAGAACCCUGGUUCCUACUGAAAUCGUUCUGUUUACACAUGGACACAGAAUACUUCUGUUGUUGUUAGUUUUUGAAGUUAAUAGGUUUGAAUUUUCUUAUCACAUGUAUGGGCUGAUAAUAGCUUUACUCACAAGGAAGAUGCAGUUGAAGGUGAAUCUGAGCCUGUGGAAGAAAAUAUAUUUUUAUUUUUUUACUGUUAUGUCAACAAUGUUCAGUUCAGCUUUUGAAGGAACUUCUGUUAGUCUCUUUGCUACACGACAGGGAUAUUUGUAUAUAUCCUUUUUCUAAUGGCUGCCUUGGGAGAUGCUGUGUUUAGUCCAUCUCAAAAUGAGCAGUAUUCAUCAUUUUUCAAACCUUUCAUUUUGUGAUAACUGCAGGAUUAGGCUUGCAGUGAUUUUUAGCAAUCAAAUGAAAUUUCUAAUUACAUAGAGAAAUUCUAAUUAGUCUUCUAGAAAUAAUCACCAUUUAUACCACGUAUUCCAUCCUAGCACAGUACUUCAGUUUGGCAGCAUCCAGACAUACCCCUGACUGUCAACCAACCACAUGCAGCUGCACAAUAAAAACACCCUCUCUUGUUGCAGCCUGCUACUUAGAAUUUACAGUUUGUAACAUGGAUUCAGUUUAUCCAGUUUAGAUUGACUUUUCUCAAAACAGUUUCCCCCAAGCUUCAGCAGUCUGCUUGCUGGUUCAUCUCUCUCAAGUGUGAUAACCAAAAGAACAUAUCUAAUAAUAAACUUUCAGUUCCCUUCUUCA